CGCAGAGGCUGGUCCCCCGGAAAUGGUUACAACCGGAAAUAGCCGGUGCGAAAGAGGGAAAGGUAACCGGUAAAUACCGGUUUUGCGUAUGGUUAGAAGUUCACCGCGGUUGAAACUAGUCUGGUUAAGCCUUUGGUCGCCUCAGACCCAGAAAAGAAAGAGAUAGGAAAAGAGGAAGAAACAGAGAGAAAGAGUAGAGAGAAGAAAAGAGAAAAAAAGGAGGCUUGUCAUCGAUGCACAAUCCCUCUGUAACUCCGAUCGAAGACGAGAAAGAGAGAGAGAGAGAGUACACGGAGUUGCUGUAUCUGUGAAUCAAGCGAAAUUAGAGAUUUAGAAACGAAGAAACAGAGCUAGAAGUGGUAUAUUUGGAGAUUUUCUUGUUGGUUUCGUCUGCUCAGAGCCUUCUUCGUCACCUGAUGAAACAGAUCUGAGCUUUGAGGUUACAUAAGCAUGGCGAGUUCGGAAGUUUCUAUGAAAGGGAAUCGUGGACGAGGAGAAAACUUCUCCUCCGCUGGUUACAGUGACCCGACGGUCGCCGGCGAGGCGCAGAAAAUUCAGUCUAACCGAUCUGUAGCUGCAGAGCGCGUUGUCGACCCUGAAGCUGCUCUCUACCGUGAGCUGUGGCACGCUUGUGCUGGUCCUCUCGUGACAGUCCCUCGACAAGAUGACCGAGUCUUCUACUUCCCUCAGGGGCACAUCGAGCAGGUGGAAGCAUCGACAAAUCAAGCUGCAGAACAGCAGAUGCCUCUCUAUGAUCUUCCUUCGAAGAUCCUUUGUCGUGUCAUUAAUGUUGAUUUAAAGGCAGAGGCAGACACCGACGAAGUUUAUGCGCAGAUUACUCUUCUUCCGGAGCCUGUUCAAGACGAGAAUGCAAUAGAGAAAGAGGCGCCUCCUCCUCCGCCCCCAAGGUUCCAAGUGCACUCCUUCUGCAAAACCUUGACUGCAUCGGACACAAGUACACAUGGUGGAUUUUCUGUGCUUAGGCGGCAUGCGGAUGAAUGUCUCCCACCUCUGGAUAUGUCACGUCAACCUCCUACCCAGGAGUUAGUUGCAAAAGAUCUGCAUGCAAGCGAGUGGCGUUUCCGACAUAUUUUCCGAGGUCAACCACGAAGGCAUUUGCUUCAGAGUGGAUGGAGCGUGUUUGUUAGCUCCAAGAGGCUGGUCGCAGGCGAUGCUUUUAUAUUUCUAAGGGGCGAGAAUGGAGAAUUACGUGUGGGUGUAAGGCGUGCAAUGCGGCAGCAAGGAAAUGUGCCAUCCUCUGUUAUAUCAAGCCACAGCAUGCAUCUCGGAGUAUUGGCCACUGCCUGGCACGCUAUUUCAACUGGAACCAUGUUUACAGUCUACUAUAAACCGAGGACUAGUCCUUCAGAGUUUAUUGUUCCGUUUGAUCAGUAUACGGAGUCCGUGAAGAAUAACUACUCCAUAGGCAUGAGAUUUAAAAUGAGAUUUGAAGGCGAAGAGGCUCCCGAGCAGAGGUUUACUGGCACAAUCGUUGGGAUUGAAGACUCUGACCCCACGAGGUGGGCAAAAUCAAAAUGGAGAUCCCUCAAGGUACGGUGGGAUGAGACCACUAGUAUUCCUCGCCCUGAUAGAGUAUCCCCGUGGAAGAUAGAGCCAGCUCUUUCUCCUCCUGCUUUGAGCCCUGUACCAAUGCCUAGGCCUAAGAGGCCCAGAUCUAAUCUAGCUUCUUCAACUCCGGACUCUUCCAUGCGCAUAAGGGAAGGCUCAUCUAAGGCAAACAUGGACCCUUUACCGGCAAGUGGACUAUCAAGGGUCUUGCAAGGUCAAGAAUACCCGACCUUGAGAACGAAACAUGUUGAGAGUGUAGAAUGCGAUGCUCCUGAAAAUUCGGUUGUGUGGCAAUCGUCAACUGAUGAUGACAAGGUUGAUGUGGUUUCAGCUUCUAGGAGAUAUGAGAACUGGAUAUCCUCAGGUAGGCAUGGACCUACUUGCACGGAUUUGCUUUCUGGCUUUGGGACAAACAUAGAACCACCUCACGGUCAUCAGAUACCUUUUUAUGACCGUUUAUCAUCAUCACCUUCUGUGGCUGCAAGGAAAAUCCUCAGCGACCAGGAUGGCAAGUUUGAAUAUCUUGCUAACCAGUGGAUGAUGCACUCUGGCCUUUCCCUGAAGUUACAUGAAUCUCCUAAAGUCCCUGCCGCAUCUGAUGCCUCUUUCCAAGGGAUAGGCAAUCCCAAUUACGGCGAAUAUGCUUUGCCUCGUGCAGUGACGACUGAGAAUGCUGCUGGCAACUGGCCAAUACGUCCACGUGCUCUAAAUUAUUUUGAAGAAGCGGUUCAUGCUCAGGCUAGAGAGCAUGUGACAAAACGUCCUGCGGUCAUACAAGAGGAGGCAGCAAAGCCAAGAGACGGGAACUGCAGGCUUUUUGGCAUUCCUCUGGUGAACAACGUGAAUGGGACAGAUACAACUUUGUCUCAGAGAAACAAUUUGAAUGACCCUGCGGGGCCUACGCAGAUGGCAUCACCAAAGGUUCAGGAUCUUUCUGACCAGUCCAAAGGGUCAAAAUCGACAAAUGAUCAUCGUGAGCAAGGACGACCAUUCCCGGUUAGUAAACCCCAUCCGAAGGACGUUCAAACCAAAACAAACUCAUGUAGGAGCUGCACGAAGGUUCAGAAGCAGGGGAUUGCACUUGGCCGGUCAGUGGAUCUCUCAAAGUUCCAGAACUAUGAGGAGUUGGUUACUGAAUUGGAUAGGCUGUUUGAGUUCAAUGGAGAGUUGAUGGCUCCUAAGAAAGAUUGGCUGAUAGUUUACACAGAUGAUGAGAAUGAUAUGAUGCUUGUUGGAGACGAUCCUUGGCAGGAGUUUUGUUGCAUGGUUCGUAAAAUCUUCAUAUACACGAAAGAGGAGGUCAGGAAGAUGAACCCGGGAACUCUAUGCUGUAGGAACGAGGAAGAACCAGUUGUUGGGGAAGGAUCAGAUGCAAAGGACGCCAAGUCUGCAUCGAAUCCUUCAUUGUCCAGCGCCGGAAACUCUUAAAACCAAAAAAAAAAAACCAACACGCCCUUUUGCUACUAGCCGAGAGGGAGAAAGGUAGGAAUAUAAAUCAAGAGGAGAGUACGAUGGUGGAGCCUAGAGAGC